GCAGACAGAGUUUAAUAAUUCCGUAAUCGGCGGCGCCCCGUAGCAGCGCCUUGUGCCGCAUCACGCCGAUCGGUGUGGUCCUUCAGCGUACAUCGUCUUUUUCUUCUUCUUUUUCUUCUUCUUUAUGCGCCCUUCGUCAGACGCAUUCACUGUGGCCGCAUCAACAGCAAAGUGAUCCGCAGCCGUCCACCAAUUGUCUCUUCCUCUGCACCGUUGCACUUCACCGACCUGCCUUUGCUGACUUCAUGGCCGCGUCGGUCGAUGGCACGGAGGUGCAGCAGGCACUGCAGAGCCGAGUACCCUACAGCCUCCUCCCCGCCUCUCUCCAGCAGCGCGUGACGCCGUACGAGUACCAAACCAAAUCGAUCCACUAUGCUAUUCUUCGCGGGCACGCCUACUACCGUCUGCCUGACUUUGUACGCGCCAAUGUGAAGGAGGAGGGGUACUAUCAGGAGAUGGUCCGCUACGCCGGCGAGCAGCUGCAGCUCUACCCCUACGUGCACCAGAAGAGCGUCGUGCUGUACACAGGGGAGACACCGCUGUCGUACUACACCGGCAUAUUUGCUGAGCUGCUGAAGCAAGAACAGAGCUACGACCGCCUGCCCAACUUCACGGCGAUAGACGCACUCAACCUGCUUGGAAUCGGACGCAACCAGUACCUGCAGCUCACGAAGGAGGUGCGGAGUAAGCUGCGCUGGCACGUAAAUCGCAGCUUCGUGAACGAUUACCUGCCGCGUGAGCUGCUGCCCAGCGUGACGGUGGACCCGCUCUGGUCCAUCGGCACCGUCAACUACGCCGUGGACGUCCUCAAGAAGCGCUUUCACGGCCUCUCCGCGGAGGACGUGGGGCUCUAUCGCAUGCUGGUGAGCAAGGGAAUGGCCGCAGUGCGUCCUGAAAGCCUGACUACUCUGCAGUUAUCUAAAUCGGUCUUCACCAAGGACACCGUGUACACCUACGAGCUACCGAAAGAAGCACUGCGGCGGCUCUAUCAACGCGGGCUCGUGUUCGCCACUUUCGAUGUGCCGCCGGAGUCGUUCAUCGUCGUGCCGCCGCUCGCUGGCAACUUUGUGAUGAACCGCACCUCCGAUGAUCCGCAGGAGCUGCUGCUGUACCGCGUGCUGUCGACGGUCGAUGACCGCACCCCGCUGAACUUAUUAGCGCAGCUGUUGAUGUUGGACGAGGAGGACGUCUGCGGGGCGGUGCAGAUGCUGCUGCGUCUUGGGCUGGUCAAGUGGAAGUGCCCGACUCUGCCGGCGUGUCUGGACGCAGCCACCUUAGAAGGCGUGCACCCGACGUGGCAGGAGGAGGUCGCCGCCCGGGUGAUUGCCGCGACCCGUUACCAGCUGCAGCACUCCAUGGGCGGGCUAACGUCGGACCCUGCCACAGCCCUCUCUGGAGCUGGGGGUGCCCACGCCCCUUCGUUCCUUCCCCCGAGUGACGGCCACCCCGCCAAGCGCAUCGCGCUGCUCUACGAUGCGACGCUCACCGGCUUCCUGAUGAUGACAAACCUCAGUCAGGACCCCACCUUUAAAAAGCAGGCCGUUAUGCUCUUUGAGGUCGGCAAGAUGCCGUUCGAGAUGGUCCCCGACUUUCUCGCGCUGCUGGACAAAAUCAGCUCGACCGAAAUGGAGCGCUUUGGGGGCGACGCUAAGAAGUACAUCAGCAGCGUCAUGUGCGUCCGCAAGCUGCUGCGAGCGCUGUGCACCGUCGCCAGCCCGGACGGCGACGUCGGCGUGGAUCUGCUGAAGAUCGAGUCGUUGAAUGAGUUGGAGGCGACGACGCGCUACUCGGUGCUGGGCCGCAACUACUGGGCCUACGUGAUCACCUCUCCCGUGUCCGCCGCCCCGCUUAUUGACAUCGAGCUGACUUGUGUGUACGGCAGCACCGUCAGCUUUAUGACUUCGCCGUGGAUGCUGCUGUUCCUCUACGCCAAGCUGCGCCGCGGACCGCCGUCGCUGCUGCUGCCCUUCGGUACUCUCCUGUCCUCCUGGCCCCCGCUCUUCGAUGACUUGGAGGACCCCCCCGCGCUAGCGGAGGACGACCCCACCGCUGCUUGCUCUAAUCCUUCUCCUUCUGCGCCUCCGGCCUUAUGUAAUGUGGUGGGCUACAACGUGGUGCUGCGCCAGCAGGCGAUGACGUUGGACGCGGAGGUGAGCUACAACGACCUCAGCAACUCCCUCCUCCUCGUGAACGAAGUCACAUCAACGGCGCCGGUGUUUGUGCAGCAGAUAUCACGCAUUCCACUGCUGCGGCAGCGCGACGGCAGCGUUGCCGCGGAUGCGUCGUACCAAACCUUCGAGGUCGCCGUGCCCUUCAUGGUGGACCGGACGCAGCUGCACGGGCUCCUCCAGUCGGCCCUCGCCGCCCGGCACCAAAGAAGCUCGUUUGUUGAGUUUGUAGAUGCGGAAGAUGCGGCGUGGACGCUGCUGACGGACAGCGUGGCGGCGCUGCGCUUGCAGGACUCGCUGGGCUACCUCAUCCUAGCCGUGACCUGCGUCUGUGCGGCCGUCCCCUCUGCGGAGAGCGUGUCGCAGGACGGUGCAUCAUCGUUGGACGCCGCGGCCGCUGCGGUCACCGGGCUGCGCUGUGCGCUGCACACCGCCCACGUCGUCGACGUCGGCCUCGGCGUACCGCUCGCGCACAUCGACGCAUGCGAGUUGAUGGUGGGGUUCAUUCCGCGUCUCCUCGGCGAGGACUGCAGCGAGCGGCACAACGGCGCGAUGCGGGAGUGCGUGAGCGAGUUUGGUGAGUUUCUCGAGCGCUACUCCACACUGACCCGGGCCGUCCAUGAGAGGUUGACAAUCCAGUCGACCACCUCGACCGGCCCGAUGACGCAGCUGCACCUUCGCAGGAUCGGCGGGGUGGGCGGGGCGCCGUACCCUUCAACGCGGCUCGUCUUCGAGGGUGAUCACAUCAGUGUCUCCGACGACGCUGACCCGGCCUCUGAGCAGUGGUGA